UUUAUACAACUAAUUGGAAAAUCAUUUGUUAAUUAGAUUAUAGUUGAAGAGAGAGAGAGAGAAGACGUAGAAGACGAAGAAGAAGAAGAAGAAGAAGCAGACCCGAAAGUGCUUGCCUGCACUGUGUUUCAGAUUUGCAGUCCUUUGAUACCUAACCUACAAAGAAAAAAAAGUGUGAAAUUUGUAUAACAUUAAAAAAAAAACAAAUCUCUGUUUUUCUCUAAAACCCUUUCUCUAAAUUUUCCAUUUUUUUUUGGGUUUUCUCCUGAGAAAACAAGAGAGGACAAAGACAGGAGAGAGAGGGAGAGAGAGAGAAAGCUGCAUUUUUUUUAUUUGGGUUCAUGGCUUGUUGAUCUAAACCAUUGCCGACAAAUUCUAGGAGAAUCAUUCAGCUUCUGUACUGGGGAAUGGGUUUAUGUUAGUUUGUCAUGUUAUCAACAGAAUCUAUCCAUCUCUGGUGUUUGAUUCCUGGGUUAAUUCACUAGGACUAUGACAAAUAAAGCACUAAUCUGAUUUCUUGAGGAACUAGAGUGCUGGGUCCUGUUUUGAAAGCUCACAUUUGGAUUCUUGUUCUCUUGAGUUAAAAAAAUAAUCUUGAGGAAUGGCUCGAGGUAGAAGAAGAUCGAAGCUGCGACUAAGCCAUCUUUAUACAUUUGGAUGUCUUAGGCCUAGCACGAUUGAAGGUCAAGACUCUCAACCAAUCCAAGGUCCAGGAUUUAGCAGGACUGUGUUCUGUAAUCAGCCUCAUAUGCACAAGAAGAAGCCUUUGAGAUAUCGUUCUAAUUAUGUCUCGACGACGAGGUACAAUUUGAUCACUUUCUUCCCCAAGUCGUUGUACGAGCAGUUCCACCGUGCUGCAAAUCUCUACUUCUUGGUAGCUGCAAUUCUCUCUGUGUUUCCUCUCUCACCGUUCAACAAAUGGAGCAUGAUUGCUCCCUUGGUCUUUGUUGUUGGGCUUAGUAUGUUAAAAGAGGCUCUAGAAGAUUGGCGUAGGUUUAUGCAAGAUGUGAAGAUUAAUGCACGGAAAACAUGUGUUCGUAAAAGUGACGGUGUGUUUCGUCAGAGAAAGUGGAAGAAGGUUAGCGUUGGGGAUAUUGUGAAAGUGGAGAAGGACGAGUUCUUCCCUGCUGAUUUGCUUCUUCUGUCAUCAAGUUACGAAGAUGGGAUUUGCUACGUUGAGACUAUGAACUUAGAUGGUGAAACAAACUUGAAAGUGAAGAGAUCUCUGGAAUUGUCAUUGCCAUUAGAUGAUGAUGAUUCUUUCAAGAAUUUCAUGGCGACGAUAAGAUGUGAAGAUCCAAACCCGAAUCUCUAUACCUUCGUUGGCAAUCUAGAGUAUGAGCGGCAAACAUUUCCUCUGGAUCCAAAUCAGAUUCUCUUAAGAGACUCAAAGCUUAGGAAUACAACCUAUGUUUAUGGAGUUGUGGUAUUCACUGGUUUUGAUACCAAAGUUAUGCAGAAUUCAACAAAAUCGCCUUCCAAGAGAAGCAGAAUCGAAAGAACAAUGGACUACAUCAUCUACACUCUUCUUGUCCUUCUUAUUUUAAUCUCUUGCAUCAGCUCAUCAGGAUUUGCUUGGGAGACAGAGUUUCACAUGCCAAAAAUGUGGUACUUACGACCUGACGAGCCUAUAGACUUUACAAACCCGACCAAUCCAAUCUACGCUGGGGUUGUCCAUCUGAUCACUGCUCUAUUGCUUUACGGGUAUUUGAUUCCAAUCUCUCUUUAUGUUUCCAUCGAGGUUGUCAAAGUCUGGCAAGCAAGUUUCAUUAAUCAAGAUUUACACAUGUAUGAUGAUGAGAGUGGAGUCCCUGCACAAGCACGCACAUCAAAUCUAAACGAAGAGCUUGGUCAGGUUCAUACUAUCCUCUCUGACAAAACAGGAACGUUGACAUGUAAUCAGAUGGAUUUCUUGAAAUGCUCCAUUGCUGGCACUUCUUAUGGUGUGCGUUCCAGCGAAGUAGAACUUGCUGCUGCAAAGCAGAUGGCUGUAGAUCUUGAAGAGCACGGGGAGAUAUCGAGUACUCCUCAGUCUCAGACUAAAGUGUAUGGUACAUGGGACAGUAGCCGUACACAAGAAAUCGAGGUGGAAGGUUGCACAAAUGAGGGAGGGGAUAAUAGCUAUAAUAAUCGUAGAGCUCCUAUAAAGGGAUUUGGUUUUGAGGAUAUCAGACUUAUGAAUGGUAAUUGGUUGAGGGAAUCACAACCAAAUGACAUUUUGCAGUUCUUCCGUAUCUUAGCUAUUUGUCACACAGCUAUUCCCGAGCUGAACGAGGAGACUGGCAAGUACACCUACGAAGCAGAGUCACCUGAUGAGGCUUCGUUUCUGGCUGCUGCUAGAGAGUUUGGUUUUGAGUUCUUCAAGAGAACCCAGUCAAGCGUUUUGAUCCGCGAGAGGUUCUCUGGUUCAGGGCAAAUAAUCGAAAGGGAGUAUAAAGUUCUGAAUUUAUUGGAAUUUACGAGCAAAAGAAAGCGAAUGACAGUAAUUGUACGUGAUGAGGAAGGGCAGAUUCUUCUACUAUGCAAAGGAGCUGACAGCAUCAUCUUUGAUCGGUUGGCAAAGAAAGGGAAGACAUACUUGGGACCUACCACAAGGCAUUUGACUGAAUAUGGAGAAGCCGGGCUCCGGACACUCGCACUUGCUUACAGAAAGCUUGAUGAGGAUGAAUAUGCAGCUUGGAACUCUGAGUUUCAAAAGGCCAAAACUUCAAUAGGAUCUGAUAGAGAGGAGCUGCUUGAGACGGGAGCGGAUAUGAUUGAAAAAGAACUUAUCCUUAUUGGUGCUACUGCUGUGGAGGACAAACUCCAGAAAGGGGUGCCCCAAUGCAUAGAUAAACUUGCUCAAGCUGGGCUCAAGUUAUGGGUUUUAACUGGGGACAAAAUGGAAACAGCAAUCAACAUUGGAUUCGCUUGUAGUUUACUUCGACAAGGCAUGAGACAGAUCUGCAUAACAUCAUUGAGUUCAGAAGGAGGAUCCCAAGAUUCAAAAAGGGCUGUAAAAGAGAACAUUUUGAAUCAACUCACUAAAGCUGUACAAAUGGUGAAGCUAGAGAAGGAUCCCCACGCUGCAUUUGCUUUGAUCAUUGACGGGAAAACUCUAACUUAUGCAUUAGAGGAUGACAUGAAGUAUCAAUUCUUGGCUUUGGCAGUGGAUUGUGCAUCAGUGAUUUGCUGUCGCGUGUCUCCCAAGCAGAAGGCUUUGGUUGUUAGGUUGGUUAAAGAGGGAACUGGAAAAACCACAUUGGCAAUAGGUGAUGGUGCAAAUGAUGUUGGGAUGAUUCAAGAAGCUGACAUUGGUGUAGGAAUCAGUGGGGUUGAAGGAAUGCAGGCUGUUAUGGCUAGUGACUUUUCGAUUGCCCAGUUCCGGUUUUUGGAACGAUUACUCGUCGUCCAUGGACACUGGUGCUACAAAAGAAUAGCUCAAAUGAUCUGCUAUUUCUUCUACAAAAACAUAGCAUUUGGUCUCACUCUCUUCUACUUUGAGGCAUUCACCGGGUUUUCGGGGCAAUCAGUGUACAAUGACUACUACUUGUUGCUCUUCAAUGUUGUUCUUACCUCAUUGCCAGUGAUUGCCCUUGGUGUCUUUGAACAGGAUGUUUCCUCCGAGAUCUGCUUACAGUUCCCAGCUUUAUAUCAACAAGGAACAAAGAACCUCUUCUUUGAUUGGUCAAGAAUACUUGGAUGGAUGUGCAAUGGCGUCUACGCAUCUCUUGUCAUAUUCUUCCUCAACAUCGGAAUUAUUUACUCUCAAGCUUUCAGAGACAAUGGACAAACAGCUGACAUGGAUGCUGUUGGCACAACCAUGUUCACUUGCAUAAUAUGGGCAGCCAAUGUUCAAAUCGCAUUAACCAUGUCGCAUUUCACUUGGAUCCAACACGUUUUGAUAUGGGGAAGCAUCGGUAUGUGGUAUCUCUUUGUGGCGAUCUACAGUAUGACGCCGCCGAGUCUUUCUGGAAACAUUUACAGGAUUCUUGAUGAGAUUCUUGCUCCUGCACCUAUCUACUGGAUGGCUACAUUGUUGGUCACAGUGGCUGCAGUUCUUCCAUACGUUGCUCACAUUUCUUUCCAGAGAUUCUUAAAUCCACUAGAUCAUCAUAUCAUCCAAGAGAUCAAAUACUACGGAAGAGAUAUCGAAGACGCGAGAUUGUGGACCAGAGAGCGCACAAAAGCUCGAGAGAAGACAAAGAUCGGGUUCACAGCCAGAGUGGAUGCAAAAAUCAGGCAUCUACGGUCGAAAUUGAACAAGAAACAGUCAAACCUCUCGCAUUUUUCAGCUCAAGAUGCAAUGUCACCUAGAUCAUUGUAGCCUGUAUAGUGUUCGGCAGGUCCUAUUCUCUGAUGCAUUACGACUUUGGAGACAGGUCUUGAAGCUAAUUUUUUGUGGAGAGUUUAUAAUAGAGUGAGAUCAUGUAAAGAGUAGCUCUGAUGUUUUUUUUUCUACAUGUUGGGUUCGAAUUUUUUUUUCUUUUGUACACUUAUACUUAGGUUUUGUGUAUACACACACUUAGGACAGAAUGCAAAAAACAUAACAAAGAAUCUUCCUUUGUGCCUCUUCUGUGCCUCUAAUCAUUUAAUCGGUCAUUUAUAUAACUGUUUAUACAAAUUAUGUUA